AUGGAGAUAAAUAAACCACUAUUAUGUCAGAUAGAAGAAAUGAUGGAUUUGUGCAAUGAGCUAAAGGACAUGGAUAAGCUAAAGAGUGAAUAUGUUAGAAUGUUUGAAAAUUCAUAUUUUGAGAACAAAAAUCUAGCUCAAUAUAUAAAGAAUGAAGUGAAAGAAUUGAAACCGACAUUUACGGAUACACCAAUAAUAAAAAUAGAUAAUUAG